GUUCCUGUAAAAGAACAACCAACAUACCCUGAAGUUAGCAGAGAGUUAAGUUCUGUUGCAGAUAUUCGAAACGACUACCAACAACUUAAAGACAAACUUAAAACUCAGGAGAAGAUUUGUCAAGCUUUGGGUAUAAUGUUAAACUUGGUUGAACACAACCCUGUAAAAGUGAACUCAUAUGUCAUUGCACCUCAUGAAGUUUUGAAAGAACUAUUGAAACUUUUGACAGAGGCAGACGAUAUAAACAUCAAAGAAAUAGAACCCGACAUUGCUUGCUGUGGUGUUUCAUACAAUGUCAUUGACAAGAUAUACGUUAUGAAAGGAGGUGAAACGUUGAACUUAAAAUAUAGUUUCCCAGACGUCAUAAAAAUAUUUGACGACCACAACAUUUCAUUAAAGUUUGUUUGCUAA